AAUCCACUGCUUUGUCUCUCUUUUCACUCUCUCCCUCAAUUCUUCUCUCUCUAUAAAACCACCCACUCCCCACUAUUUUCUCCAUUAUCCACUCUCUCCCUCAAAUGGAUAAAACCCGAACCGGUUUCUGUAGACCCGAAUCUCACCACUGCUCCAUUUUCCGUCCACCGGAAACACCACGUGAACCAAUGGAGUUUCUGUCUCGCUCAUGGAGCGUUUCGGCUCUAGAAAUCUCCAAAGCUCUUAACGCUUCUCCCUCUAAUACCACCAUACCGGAAAACAUCACCGGAGAAUCCGAAGAGUCACCCUCGUUAAACCCGUUUUCUUUUGCUUCCUCAGAAACAUCUCAAAUGAUAAUGGAACGUAUCAUGUCACAAUCCGAAGAUGUUUCUGUAUCACCACGAACCUCCGGGAGACUCUCUCAUAGUAGUGGACCUUUAACCGAUAGUUGUCCGGUUUCACCAUCUGAAAUCGACGAUAUCAAGUACGGCCGUGCCAAUAAUGCGGGUGUGAGUUUAAACGGUUAUUUGAAGCCUCCGGGCAGUGGUGGGAAGACGGUUGGAAGGUGGUUGAAGGAUAGGAAGGAGAAGAAGAAAGAAGAAGCAAGGGCCCAUAAUGCUCAGCUUCAUGCUGCGGUUUCCGUUGCUGCUGUUGCCGCUGCGGUUGCUGCUAUUGCAGCCGCCACCGCUGCUUCUUCCGGGUCUGGUGAUGACGAGCAGAUUGCGAAGACGGACUCGGCUGUGGCCUCUGCAGCGACGUUGGUUGCGGCUCAAUGCGUUGAGGCAGCUGAGUCUCUGGGGGCAGACAGGGAACAUCUUGCUGCCGUGGUUGGCUCCGCUGUGAAUGUUAGAUCAGCCGGUGAUAUCAUGACUUUAACUGCUGCUGCUGCAACAGCUUUGCGUGGAGCUGCGACCUUGAAAGCGAGGGCUUUGAAGGAAGUUUGGAAUAUUGCAGCAGUGAUUCCGGUGGAGAGGAGUUUGGGGGGUUCCAUAGGUGGUAAUGGAGGUUCAAAUAGUAGCUUCAGCGGCGAGAUUCUUCCUGAAGAGAAUUUUUUGGGUACAUGCAAUAGAGAAUAUCUAGCAAGAGGUUGCGAGCUUCUCAAGCGCACAAGGAAAGGUGAUCUUCACUGGAAAGUCGUAUCUGUAUAUAUAAACAGAAUGAAUCAGGUUACUUUGAAAAUGAAGAGUAGGCACGUUGCUGGGACCAUAACAAAAAAGAAAAAGAAUGUGGUGGUUGAACUAAUCAAAAAUAUGCCUGCUUGGCCGGGACGCCACUUACUACAAGGCGGUGAGGAUCGUCGGUACUUUGGGUUGAAAACGCUAAUGCGCGGUGUCGUUGAAUUCGAAUGCAUGAGUCAAAGAGAAUAUGAUGUGUGGACUCAAGGUGUUUCAAGGCUUCUUUCUAUUGCUGCUGAGAAGAACAACAGAAAUAGAUUUUGAGCUUAAUUAGAGACAUAAGGAGGGAUCUUUUUGAUACAUGGUGGGGUUUAUCAUUGAAAAAAGGGGGUGUAAGAUAAAAAACUAAAGGCAAAAAGUUAUGCCAAUUGGGGUUACUUUAAUCAUUGGGGGGUAUUUAGAAUUUUAGAUGUAUGUUUUGAAAUGAAGUGAACCCAAUGUGAACCAUUGUUGUUUUGUUCCUUUUUCAUCACUAUUAUGGAAAGAAGAUCUUGGACUAGGGAAUAGUGAAAAAAGAAUGGGAAAGAAUCAUAUUAGAAGGAAAGUAUAAUGUUAAGACAACAUAUUCUUAUCCUUUAUGUGUUGUUUGUACAUUAAGGUUUAGGAUAUUAUAACAAAGGUGGUCAAAAGUUUAGAUUUUCAUGUGAUUAAUACAAUAAAAAAUUAUGGGCUUUGGCUCCUA